AUGGCUCCCUCUACCGGCAAUCCGCCCCCGCCGCCGGCGCUGCUGCUGCUCCCGCCCCCGCCGACACCGAGCACCCGCCUCGCCCUGACGUCCACCUACCGCGCGCCGCUGACCGCCGUCCUUUCCGCCCUCGCCGUCGAAUCCCGACAAUCUCGCCGCCCCGUCUUACUCCUCGUCGCCGUCGCCGCCCCCAUCCUCACACCCAGCGGUGGCGCGCUGCGGUGGCGCGCUGCGCAAACGCUCCUCGCGGGCAUCUACUCCAUCAUCGCGGCCGUGUGCGCCGAGCAGGGCGUGCAGACGGACCUGGGAGCCGCGGCGACCGCAACCACCGCCAGCGUGGACGCCCGCGUCGUGCUGGUUGACCACGCGCGUGGUCGGACCUACAGCAAGGCGGCGGACGGCUCGUUCUCGAGAAAAGGGACCACCAGCGCGGCGGUGCUGGACCUCGCGGGCUUCGCGACGCGCGUGACGGGCCCGUGGACGCGCAUAUACCACCCGAGCAGCGAGGCCGGCUACGAGCUGCUGCGCGCCUACCUGGAACUCGCGGAGGGCCGGCAGGUGGUGCGGCAGAAUCAGAUCGUGCCGGUGCCCGGCGGUAUCAGCAUCUCCACAGCAGCAGCGGCGACCGCAAAGGAGGAUGCGCCGGGGGAGGCGGAGGACAAGAGCUACGACACGGUUAUACUCGGGGGGACGUUUGACCACCUCCACCCGGGCCACAAGCUGCUCCUCCACGGCACCGCGCUGCUCAUGCGCCUACCCGAGUCGCGCGACCCCGCCGCCGCCACCUCGCCGCCCCCGAGCACGCUCAUCGUCGGCAUCUCCGGCGCCCCCAUGCUACGCACCAAGAAAUACGCCGACGAGCUCGAGUCGUGGGAGACGCGCUGCCGGGGCGUCCUCUCCUUCCUCGCCACCAUCUUCAACGUGGCCCCGCCCUCCUCCGCCAGUGCCGGCGCUGCGCAGCCGGAGGUGGGCUACCGCGUCGAGCACGUCCCGGAAGGGCCCUCGGCCGGACCCGAGCUGCACGGCACCUACGCGGACGGCGCGGUGCGCGUGCGUUGCACGGUGCUCAACGACCCGUUCGGGCCGACGGUUGACGAGCGCGCCAUCGGCGCCAUCUGCGUGUCCGGUGAGACGCGCGGCGGCGGGCGCGCGGUCAACGACAAGCGCGCGGCCAAGGGCUGGCAUCCGCUCGACGCGUACGAAGUAGACGUGCUGGACACGCGCGGCAUCGUCGAGGCCGAUGCUAGUGUUGGGGGGGAGGGAAAGGGCGAGGAGGACUUUGCGGCCAAGAUAAGUAGCACGGCGAUUCGGCAACAGAGAGCCGAGGCGAGGGCCAAGGCCAAGGCGCAGAUUUGA